CAGCCCAUCUCCAAACCCUGACAGGAGUUUGAAGUUUCCGGGCUCAUGCAGGACGCUGUGAUUGGCCCAGGAGGAGCUUACCUACAUGCAAAUGAAGCAACGCAACCUUGCUGCCUCUGAUCCAGAGCGUGAUGAGGAGAACCAGGAAUACACUCACGUUCCUCUGAGCUCUAGAAAAAAACACACCCAACGUUUAAACGCCACAGUAAACAGGCUGGGGUGGGAAGAGAAAAAAAAAUCAAGCCGACAAAAGAAGCUUUCGAAAUUUUUACGCAUCAUUCGUUUAGAAAGCAAUCACGGAAUACAAGCGGACAGACCGAUUCAGUCAACACUUCAAUACUGUUAUGAAGCGAGAAUGAGUAGCGCAGAGGACAGCGGGAGCAAGUGCUCGUCGGGCCCGAUUUCCAGCUUUACCAUCCAGUCCAUUUUGGGUACGGCGUCCGAUGAGCCGCGCUCCGGGACCAAAGAGCUCUCCAAGGGCGCGCCGCCGCCACCUCCGCCGCGGAGGCGCUCUCUGUCCGUGUCCUCAGAGGAGGAGUGCAGCGGCGGGGAGGACUCGGCGGACUGCUUCUGCUCAGACACGGGUCACAGCGAGCGCUGCACGCAGCACCAACCCCACAACUUCUCCUGCCUAGGUUCUGGAAAAGGACUUCUUUCCGGGACUGAGGGGCUCGCCCGGCGGCCGCACCUGUCCCAGCCUCUGCUGCAGGAUUAUAAGGAGGAGCAGGACCGAGCAUGCCAUCAAAUGUCACCGCUGUCGGACGACAGGCAGACAGACGGUGCAGACAAGCAGAGCAACUCGGCCAAGAAGAAGACGCGCACGGUUUUCUCCCGGAGUCAGGUGUACCAGCUGGAGUCCACCUUCGACAUGAAGCGGUACCUGAGCAGCUCGGAGCGGGCCUGCUUGGCCUCCAGCCUGCAGCUGACGGAGACUCAAGUCAAGACGUGGUUCCAGAACAGAAGGAACAAAUGGAAAAGGCAGCUCUCUGCGGAACUGGAGGCGGCCAACAUGGCCCACGCGUCCGCACAGACAUUAGUGGGGAUGCCGCUGGUUUUCAGAGAUAACAACUUACUGCGCGUACCUGUUCCCCGCUCCAUCGCCUUCCCGACGCCCCUCUACUACCCGGGGAGCAACCUUCCAGCUUUACCUUUAUACAACCUGUACAACAAAAUCGAGUACUGACUUUACCACUGCAGUCCACAACACAAGACAGCAUUCUCUUAAGUGUCUCCACAUAACCCUUGUAUAUUAAUUGUUAUUUGUUGGAAUAACUCAAUUAUGCAAAAAAAAAAACCUGUACGUUUCUUUAAAAAAAAAGCAAUUAAGCCUGCCAUGUAUAAUUCUAAAUAUCACUUUUGUACUUUCAUUUUCUUUAUCCAACAAUAUUUGACUUUCCUCUACAUUUCAUUUAAAAAGUGAUUGGAGUCAAAAUAUGGAAAAUGAAUAUACAAAUGAUUUGGCUGAGACUAAAAUUCAUGUGACUCUGAAGUUUUUCCAUACGGGAAAACAUAUAUAUAUACACACAAAUAUAUAUAUAUUUGUUUUUUUUUAUUGUAAUUUAAGUCUUCAAUUAUAACCUCAUUCAAUAAAUUUUUCUAUUUCAGAGAGA